AUGCCAUCUGCUCGUGACAGGCUCGCCGAGCUAAGGGCCCUGCGAGCCUCCGGAAAAAAGCGUCUUUCUACAUACGAAGUUGAGGAGCAAGGCGAUAUCUAUGAAGAGGUCGAUGAUGACGGUUAUAAGAAAAUUAUUCGUGGGCGACUUGACGAGGAUGAUUUCGUUGUUGACGAUAAUGGUGCCGGUUAUGCAGACGACGGUCGGGAAGUCUGGAAUGAACAAGCACCUGAAUACGACAGCGAUGACAGUGAUGGAUUACCCGCGCGUGGCAAGGCCGCCAAACGGAAACGUGAGGAGGAAAAGGGGCGCAAAGAGAAGAUGAACAAUGGUAUCUCCAAAUACUUCAAUAGUGGCAAUGCUGCGACGGCUACUGCAGCCAAGCCCAAGCCGGUUGCGACGGCUGAAGACGAUAGCUUCAUGGAUGAUCUUCUUGGAGAAGUGAACACGAACGUCUCUAAGCGUCCCCCUACAAGAAACAUUGUCAAAUCCGAGGCCAGACGAAAAGUUCGAGUUCUCUCCCCGCCCAGGUUUGAGAGAAGGGCCCGUGCGAACAAUGCAGCAGGAGACGAAAAUGAAGUUCCAAGCUCUCCUCCGAAGAACACUCAACCCGCAUUUCAUUCUGACGACGAUCUCGAUGACGACCCAAUUCCUGCAGUUGAAGACGAUGAUGUCUUCAUGGGUGACCCGAUGCCCUCCUCUCCAAUUAGCAAGGCUGUGGAACGCAAGGUUGUUGUACCGGUCAAGAAAGAAAUAUCCGACGAGGAGGAUAUCGAUAUGAUGGACAUCGCGGAAGCCACAGUAUCCGCUAGCAUCAAGACCGAAAAUGUGAAUAUCACAGGAAGUCGUCCUGUUCCAAAGAUCAAAAAGGAGGAGCCCACCACACCUGCCGGCUCUUCGCCUACCAAACCCAUGCCAGAGCUGCUGGAUGCCUCUUGGAAUGACGUGAGAAACAAGUUGAAUGUCCUAAGCAGCCCAGCUCCGGAAAUGCGUUCUUUGGGGAAGUUGCGUGCCCAGGAUGUCGUUGAAGAGGACGGUAGCCUUCUAUUUUUUUGGCUAGACUACACUGAAAUUAAUGGCAGUCUGUGCUUGUUUGGAAAGGUGAAGAACAAACAAAGUGACUCGUACACCAGUGCUUUCGUCAAAAUUGACAACAUCCUUCGGAAACUCUACUUUCUUCCCCGUGAAAACCGAUUCAAACAAGGAAAAGAAACGGAGGAGGAGGUUGGAAUGGAGAAUGUCUAUGAAGAAGUGGACCAGAUGAUGUCCCGACUGAAGGUUGGAAUGCACAAGAUGAAGCCUUGCAGUCGGAAAUACGCAUUUGAGAUGCGUGGCGUCCCGAAGGAGGCAGACUAUCUGAAGCUACUUUACCCAUACGACAAACCAGCGCUUCCGAUGGAAGUCAAGGGCGAAACGUUCUCUCAUGUUUUCGGCACAAACACAUCUCUCUUUGAGCAGUUCGUCUUAUGGAAGAACAUCAUGGGUCCUUGUUGGCUCAAGAUUGACGAGGCCGACUUCUCUGCUGUGAAUAAUGCCUCAUGGUGCAAGUUUGAAUGCCAGGUAGCCAAACCAGCACUCGUUACACCUGUUUCAGAAAUGGAGAACAUGGAGAUGCCGCCCUUGACCCUCAUGGCUCUUUCCUUCCGAACUCAACUUAAUACUAAGGAAAACAAAAAAGAGAUUCUGGCGAUCAGUGCCCGAGUAUAUGAGGAUGUCUCUCUCACGGAUACUACACCACCAGAAAGACUUCCUUGUAAAACGUUCACAGUUAUGCGCCCACCCGGUCAAUCAUAUCCCAUGCACUUUGAGGCCGAAUGCCGAAUGCAGCGAGGUAGCAUCAUGCUUGAAAAAAGCGAACAGUUUCUUUUGAGCAAGUUUCUGGCCAUGUUUGAGAGGAUGGACCCUGAUGUCAUCAUGGGCCACCAGUUGCAAGACGUUGAUUUAAGCAUCCUCCUCAACCGUCUGCGAGAAAAGAAAACCCCGGGGUGGCAUAGAGUUGGCCGACUCAGGCGUGGAGAGUGGCCAAAGAACUACAACAAGAAUAGUGGGUUCUUUGCUGAGAGGCAACUCAUUGCUGGUCGACUAAUGUGUGACCUUGGCAACGAUAUGGGCAAGUCUUUGAUGACGAAAUGUCAGUCCUGGAGCUUGACUGAAAUGUGUCAGCUUUAUCUUGGUGAGGGCAAUGAUCGCCAAGACCUGGAUGUCGAAGAAGCUUUGAAAACCUGGGCCUCGAGCAAGGGGGGGUUGAUGAAUUUCAUCAAUCACUGCGAUACCGAUACCUAUUUCAUGGCGGCCCUGGUUCUGCGUCUCCAGAUGCUGCCUCUCACCAAGGUCCUAACAAACAUUGCCGGUAACUCGUGGGCACGUACCCUGAGUGGUACUCGUGCGGAGAGAAACGAGUAUAUUUUGCUUCACGAAUUCCACCGAAGCAAGUACAUUUGCCCUGACAAGUAUUCGUCCCGCUUACAAAGGGCCGAAGAGAUAAUGGGUGAUGAUGAGGAUAAUGUCGGUGACAAGAAAAAGAAAGACAAGUUCAAGGGUGGUCUCGUUUUCGAACCCGAGAAGGGUCUCUAUGACCGAUUUAUUCUGGUGAUGGACUUCAACAGCUUGUACCCUUCAAUCAUUCAGGAGUAUAAUAUUUGUUUCACCACGGUGGAUCGAACUGCUUCGGCGGAAAAUGAAAACGAAGAGAGUGUUCCCGAAGUGCCGUCUUCGGAUCAAGAACAGGGUAUUUUGCCCAAGCUGAUUGCAACUUUGGUCGGUCGUCGACGUGAGGUAAAGAAAUUGAUGAAAGACAAGCGCGCAACCCCUGAGCAGCUCGCCCUUUGGGACACAAAACAACUUGCCUUCAAACUGACUGCCAACUCCAUGUACGGUUGCUUGGGAUACACACAAAGUCGAUUCUAUGCUCGUCCCCUCGCAAUGCUUACUACCUUCAAGGGUCGUGAGAUUCUGCGAAGCACCAAGGAAUUGGCCGAAAGCAGUCAGCUCCGAGUCAUCUACGGUGAUACUGACUCCGUCAUGAUUAACACCAACAUGGACACCAUCAGCGAAGCGCUUCUGGUCGGUGAGGAAUUCAAGAAAAUGGUCAAUGAGCGCUACAAGUUAUUGGAGAUCGAUAUUGACAAUGUAUUCCGCCGACUACUGUUGCAUGCAAAGAAGAAGUACGCGGCUGUCAACAUGACAGAGGUGGAUGGCAAAUACGUUGAGAAGCUUGAGGUCAAGGGCUUAGACAUGAAGAGACGUGAAUACUGUACUCUCUCCAAGGAGGUGUCAUCUAAGCUUCUGAACGAGAUUCUUUCUGGGGAAGAUCCUGAAGUGGUUCUUAACAACAUUCACGAAUAUCUCCGCGAGCUUGCAGAGAACAUGAAAGCCUUUAAAAUUCCGACCAGGAAAUAUGUCAUUUAUACGAAACUUUCCAAGCGGCCCGACGAGUACCCAAACAAGGAGACAAUGCCCCCGGCACAAGUUGCGCUCCGAGAUAUUGCCCGAGGCAAGACUAUUCGACCAAACGACGUUAUCUCAUACAUCGUCACAAGUGGUGACGCGGAGACUUCUUCUCUCGCACCAGCCAAGCGAUCGUACAGUCCUCAGGAUGUGUUGAACCCCACCUCGGAACUCAAGCCUGAUGUCGAGUUCUAUCUUCUCAAGCAAAUAUUCCCUCCAAUUGAGCGUUUGUGUGCCCCGAUCCCGGGAACCGAUGCUGUACGCCUCGCCGAAUGCCUGGGGCUUGAUACUCGUAAAUAUCAGAUCAACGCCUCCAGUUCAAGCAACCAGCAGAAUGCAGAGAUCUUCCCUCUGGAGUCACAGAUCCCAGACUCGGUGCGCUUUGCCAAUGCCGAGCGGCUGACUCUGACAUGCCGAUCCUGCAAAGAGCCGUCGGUGUUCGAAGGCUUGGUUGGUUCUCCACAUAUGUGCACGCCGAACGGCAUUGUCUGCUCCAAUCAAGCCUGCCAAAAGCCCUUUUCGGUGAUCAGUAUCGUUGCGCAAGUUGAAUCUCAGAUUCGUGAACAGACCGAUCGAUACUACGAUGGUUGGCUGGUUUGUGAUGAUUCAGCCUGCGGGAACCGCACACGGCAAAUCAGUGUGUAUGGACAUCACUGCCUGGGGCCAAAGGGCCAAGCCGAAGGCUGCUCAGGCCGCAUGGCGUACGAGUACACGGAGAAAGCGAUGUACAACCAGCUUCUGUAUUUUGCCAGUUUAUGGGAUUUGGACAUGGCUCAGGACGCUAUCAGUAAGGAGACUGCCGAAUCCAAGGACAGUGUUUCUGCUAUGGCCGAGUUCAACCGAACUCGAUUCGAAACCGUCUUGGAGGUUGUGGACGAAUACCUAAGCAAGUGUGGUCGGCAAUGGGUUGAAAUGGAUACCCUGUUCCAGUUCAUGAUUCAAUAG